AUCAUGACCGAAGUCCUCUUCUCUGCUGCUUUGAAUGGAACUGAGCCCAACCUGUUGUCCAGCAGUGGCUGGUCGGCGAGCAACGCCACCACCAAGUGUUCCCUGACCAAAACUGGCUUCCAGUUCUAUUACCUGCCUACCGUCUACAUUCUGGUCUUCAUCACUGGAUUUUUGGGCAACAGCGUGGCCAUCUGGAUGUUUGUCUUCCAUAUGAGGCCUUGGAGCGGCAUCUCAGUUUACAUGUUCAACUUGGCGCUGGCCGAUUUCCUGUAUGUUUUGACUCUGCCUGCCCUCAUCUUUUACUACUUCAACAAAACAGACUGGAUCUUCGGCGAUAUCAUGUGCAAGCUGCAGAGGUUCAUCUUCCAUGUGAACCUGUACGGCAGCAUUUUGUUCCUGACUUGCAUAAGCGUGCACAGGUACACAGGAGUGGUGCACCCCCUGAAGUCUCUGGGGAGGCUGAAGAAGAAGAAUGCAGUGUACAUCAGCACCCUGGUCUGGGUCCUGGUGGUGGCAGUGAUUUCUCCGAUACUCUUCUACUCGGGAACUGGGAUAAGGAGAAACAAAACCACAACGUGCUACGACACGACGGCCGAUGAUUACCUGAGAAGUUACUUCGUUUACAGCAUGUGCACCACCGUGCUGAUGUUCUGCAUCCCAUUCAUACUGAUUCUUGGUUGCUAUGGGCUAAUUGUGAAAGCUUUGAUUUACAAGGAUUUGGACAACUCUCCUCUCCGGAGAAAGUCGAUUUACCUGGUUAUUAUUGUGUUGACGGUCUUUGCUGUGUCUUACCUUCCCUUCCAUGUGAUGAAGACCUUAAAUCUAAGAGCCAGGCUGGAUUUUCAGACUCCGCAGAUGUGUGCCUUCAAUGAUAAGGUUUACGCCACUUACCAAGUGACCAGGGGUCUGGCCAGCCUCAACAGCUGCGUUGACCCCAUCCUUUACUUCCUGGCAGGUGACACCUUUCGGAGGCGGCUUUCCAGGGCCACCAGGAAAUCGUCCAGAAGAAGUGAACACAACGUGCAGUCCAAAAGCGAGGAAAUGACUCUCAAUAUUUUGUCAGAGUACAAACAGAAUGGAGAUACCAGUUUGUGAACAAAUGCGAAAGGUUUGGGAACGGUUUGAAAAAAUCCUCCACUUUGCAACAGCAGGACGCUGUAGUGCUACAAGUGUGUGAGGAAAAUCUACCAGUCUCUCAGAUUCAUUGUAGGUGAAGCCUCAUUUCCGGUCCUAGAAAAUGCUUAACAAAGUGGAAGAAUUUUAAUGGAAAAUAACAUGUCAAAAUUUACCUUCUCCUUAUAAUGUUCUCAUUUCCUUCUGACUUUUGUCAGAUAAAGUAAAAUGAAGUAAAUCCCCU